CAGGGUUUGCUGAUACAGGCUAACUGCAUAGCCGUGGAGCCUAGUUCCAUGUCUGACCUGGGGAAAGCAUCUGUAGAGCUGGUACUGACCCAGGUAUGGGUGAAGAGGCUGAGCUGAAAGAUCGGGGACUGAUACAGUUACGGAGUGGCAGUACAUCUGUCUCCUGGAACAUGGCCUUCCAGUAGGCAGGGCCUCUUUCUAGGGCUUUCUGCAAGGUCGGUGGACGGUCCAUGCUUUUUGCCUUGAAAAUUCUGCAGACUGUUUUGCAUACAUAUUUUGAAAAUGUUCAAAAGAUGAGCCAGUUGGCUGCACACAGUUUGCUGCUAAAGCCAGUUUCAAAUCGGGGUGAACUUUUCUGGAGCCCUAUUUGCCAGGGCCAGAGCACGUUAUCUCUGGGGCCUCCUGGCCUCUGUCAGAUGGUUCUAAUCCUGAAGUCCCAGUUGAGUCAGAAUGGAUGAACAAUCACAAGGAAUGCAAGGGCCACCUGUUCCUCAUUUCCAGCCACAGAAGGCAUUACGACCAGAUAUGGGCUAUAAUACCUUAGCCAACUUCCGAAUAGAAAAGAAAAUUGGUCGUGGACAGUUCAGUGAAGUUUAUAGAGCAUCCUGUCUCUUGGAUGGAGUUCCAGUAGCUUUAAAAAAAGUGCAGAUAUUUGAUUUAAUGGAUGCCAAAGCACGUGCUGAUUGUAUCAAAGAAAUAGAUCUCCUUAAGCAACUCAACCAUCCAAAUGUAAUUAAAUACUAUGCAUCAUUCAUUGAAGAUAAUGAGCUGAACAUAGUCUUGGAGCUAGCAGAUGCUGGUGACCUCUCCAGAAUGAUAAAGCACUUUAAGAAGCAAAAGAGGCUAAUCCCCGAGAGAACCGUUUGGAAAUACUUUGUUCAGCUCUGCAGUGCUCUGGACCACAUGCAUUCUCGAAGAGUCAUGCAUAGAGAUAUAAAACCAGCUAAUGUGUUCAUUACAGCCACUGGGGUCGUCAAACUCGGAGAUCUUGGGCUUGGUCGGUUUUUCAGCUCCAAAACCACAGCUGCCCAUUCUUUAGUGGGUACACCUUACUACAUGUCUCCAGAGAGGAUACAUGAAAAUGGAUACAACUUCAAGUCUGACAUCUGGUCUCUUGGCUGUCUGCUAUAUGAGAUGGCUGCGUUGCAGAGUCCUUUCUAUGGCGACAAGAUGAACUUGUACUCUCUGUGUAAGAAGAUAGAACAGUGUGACUACCCGCCUCUCCCGUCAGAUCACUAUUCGGAGGAGCUACGACAGUUAGUUAAUAUAUGCAUCAACCCAGAUCCAGAGAAGCGACCAGACAUCGCCUAUGUUUAUGAUGUGGCAAAGAGAAUGCAUGCAUGUACCGCAAGCAGCUAAACUGUACAAGAUCCUGAAGACGGCAACCAAAAUAACUUCAAAGUGCUUUCGUGCAGAUCAUACCUCCCUGCUUAUUAUAUCUGGGUGUUAAAAUUACUAUCUCAGAGCUAAUGCGCUUUGAAUCCUUAACCAGUUUUCAUAUGAGCUUCAUUUUUCUACCAGGCUCAGUCACUUUCCCAAUCCACAACUUUGGGGUGCUCAGACUGCAUCAAGAGUGCAAGCACAGCAAGAGUUUUUCAUGGCCUAAGGUUUGAGAGUCCUGUAGUGUUUCUGCUGAUAGAUUGUGUUUGUAGACAGUGCCAAACGGUGAAGAACACACACCUGGGCACACGUCCAGAGGGAUGCGGAACCUGAGGAAGGACCUGAGUGAGCGUUUUUUUUUGACUUGUUUGCUUUUAAGUCACUUAAUGGACAUUGUAGUGGACACAAUUGUGAACUUCUCUGAUUUGGGGGGUUUUUUGUUUGUUCGUUUUUGGUUUUUUUGGGGGGUAUUAUUUUUUUAAAGUUUGAAAUACAUGUUCUAGUUCUUAGCAUUAGAGUUUUCAAAUAUAAUCCUUAGAAUAUAUGCAGACAGAAACUUUUUGAGAAAGAUUUAAAAUUUUUAGUUUAUACAUUCAAAAUGCAAUGAUUAAAUGUGAAAACGUAAAGGACAAAAUGUGAGUUGGACACUGAAAAUCUUGUGUUUUAAUGCCUUUGAAAGCCAUUUUUGUGUUUAAAUGGUAUAAAUGAACCCAUUUUAAGAAGUGGUUAAGGACUUGUUUGCCUGGCGUGAUAGUCAAUUUUAACAUGCAUACUGCCCAAGGCUUUGUGUGUUAGUGUACAUUUGAAGAAUAUUCUUGGAAUAAUCUUGCAGCAACUAUAGUUUGAUAUCUUUACAAAUCUAAAUACAGUUAACUCAUAACCAUACACUGUAAUGUAAGCAUAUAUUUUUAUUCAUAUAUUGAAUUGAAGUUUUGAUCAGUUCCCCUUCAGAAUUUGUUUUUUACUCAAUUUACUUUCUUAUUUAUAUUGUGUGUGCAUUUUAUUCAUUAAAUGUUUCAGAUUUUCUGAGAAUGAAUUCCCUUUUUAAAAGAUAUUUGGUAUGCCAACACUUUUCUAAGAUUGAAACUUUUUUUUAAACGUUUGGGCCAUUCUAUGUGCAUCUGUUCUAUCUUGUUAGAAAGAAAAGGCACAUGUUAAAAUGUGCCUGUGAAUGUUGACGUCGUUUGACAGGGCUAUAGUUUAAGAGUAUGUUUUAGAGCAUGUUUAAUGAUAAGAAGACUGACCGUACUGAAGACACAACUGUUAGGAGAGCAGCAUUUCUGAGGAGAUGUUUGGAGUAAAGUACUGUAUUUGUAUAUGAAGAUGACAGACAUAGAGAUGCUCAUUUUAGUUAAGAAAAAAUUUAAAAAGGAGAGCUAUUUAGGAAACCCUGAGGUGGAAGUUUGUUUUUCCUGAAAGUCUUCAUCUUAAUACCAACCAAUUUCUUCAAAGAAUUGUGGAGCCAAAGAACAGAGUGGUCGUGGCUGUUGCAGAACCCUGUGUGCCGUGAUAGAGCGUUGGGAAGGCUUAUCCUGCUGGUCGGUUGAGCAGCCCUGUGUUCAGGGAGCUUGUACUCUGGCUGAUAGAGUUCCUGUGUUUGUUUUCUCACAGAGUAUUCUUUCUAUAGUUAUUUUUAAAUAACUUGUAAAUUUUCAAAAUAAUGUCUUGUCUUUUAAUUCACUGUGUAUGCUGUCUUAGACAAAGGAAACCUGGUUGUUCUUUUGUCUUGAAGGCUGAACUGGGUGCAUCCCAUAUCUUAGUGACUAAUAGCAUAGCAUCUCCCCAGAGGUGUGAAGAAGGCUGCUUCUGGUGACUGUGUUGUGUUAUAGCCAUUGUAAUGUCACAGGACUGACCGAGAGGAUCUGGUGACUGUGUUGUGUUAUAGCCAUUGUAAUGUCACAGGACUGACCAAGAGGAUCUGGUGACUGUGCUGUGUUAUAGCCAUUGUAAUGUCACAGGACUGACCGAGAGGAUCUGGUGACUGUGUUGUGUUAUAGCCAUUGCAAUGUCACAGGACUGACCGAGAGGAAAUAUCCCCUGCCUACAAGAGUUGUUCUCUUUCCACCUUUAAAAACCUGGUGGUGGUGGUACGCACCUUUAAUCUCAGCACUUGGGGGGGGUGGAACCUGGUGGUGGUGGUACGCACUUUUAAUCUCAGCUCUUGGCGGGGGGGGGCAGAGGCAGGUGGAUUUAAGUUCCAGGAAAGCCUGUUGUACAAAGUGAGUUCCAGGGCAGCCAGGGCUACACAGAAAAACUUCCUGUCUCAAAAAAACAAAACUAAAUGAAAAUACAAGACUUAUCCCCUUGUAGUGAUUUUGCUUUAUGAAUUUGUCUCCUUAAAAACAAAAAGAGCUGAAGAGCUUAAUGGUCAGGGAUGGUCACUGUCAUUUUAUACAAAAGGAAACUUUCUUUCAAAUACUUCAAAAACUUUCAAAUCAAGUCCAUGUGUUCAUAUCUACCCCCCCAAAAAAGAAUCCAUUGUGUAAAAACAAAUUCAGUGUGAUAUUUGCAAAUGGUUAUGGAAUUAAUUAGAAGUUCUAAUCUUAACAAUCACCUAUAAAAUAUUCUCUUUAUGAUUCUGUUUAUGAGUAAAUUUUAUAUGAAGUUAAAUAUUGGAAUCGAUUUGAGUAAGGUCAAAUUAAAGGUACGGCUGAUUCGAAGCCUUAUUUAAACUUGGUACCAGUUACCCAAGGGAGAAUGUGCAGUAACAUUGGUUGGUAGGCUGAGGUGUGGGGUGGUGAAUGAAGGACACCCUACCUGCAGUGCUCAAGAAUGUCCAGUGAUUGUAAAGAUAGAGAGAUGUCACCGCCAAGUUGAGAGCAUUCUACAGUUCCUUAGUGUGUCCAUUACAAAGCACCUAUCUUUUAGCCAUAUACUCCAGGUGUUGCUCUGAACUUUUCCUCUAUUUAUUAUAGACAAGAAGCUAUUAUUCACACAGAUGUUUAUUCUUUUAAAUUGAAUGUACUGUUCAUAACCCACAAAUGCGCACUCUUUGCCUCCAAUUCCCAUAGUACUGUAAUAUGAAUUUCUUUUGUGAAAUACUUUUUAUUUUGUUAUGCUUUAAAUAUACAUGCAAAAGGAUUCUGUCAUUAGCUUGAAAAACUGUACAGUAUCUUAAUAUAAAUAUAUAAAAAUAAAAGAUGAGUACUAUAAGUUU